GUGGCUUGCAAUAUAAAACGGAUUUAUUAUUUAGUAUUUAGUAUACACAAGUCCAGUAGCGUUUGAGAUAUUCCAUAGUAGUUCUCCUUUGAUGCCGCGAUGGCUUCAUCCGAAGGAACCAAAAACGUCCGCUUCACUGUCGUACCGACGUCAGAGCGGAACGCUGACAACGACACUGCUGAUGCGACGGAAACAACAGGAGGUUCUGACGACGAUGCGUUCACGGCAGGGGUCACCGCGGUACACCGGGACACAAUGGCUCUCUAUAAGGAGGACCUGGUGAGGGGCAGCAUCGCGCGAGUCAUCAGCACGAGUUCCAUGUCUAACGUGCGGACCACUAAGGUUUCCUUCAGCGAGGAUGUCCCGGAACAAAAGGAUGAGGUCCCGGACGGUCCUAAGGGCACACUAGGUACGCUCCUGGGCGUCUACCUGCCCACCAUCCAGAACAUAUUCGGGGUGCUCAUCUUUAUCCGUGUCACGUGGCUUGUCGGAAUGGCCGGAACCAUCGAGGGCUUCUUCAUCAUCUUCCUCUGCUGCUGCACGACGACACUGACGUCAAUCUCCAUGAGUGCCAUAGCAACGAACGGGAUAGUGCCUGCAGGCGGCUCGUACUUCAUGAUUUCCCGGGCGCUAGGCCCGGAGUUUGGGGGCGCCGUGGGAUGUCUCUUCUACCUGGGUUUCACAGUGGCCGGCUCCAUGUACGUCAUAGGGGCCAUUGAGAUCCUUGUGACAUUUAUAGCCCCGAACAUUUCAUUAUUUGGUGACGUCACUGAACUCUCGAACGCCAUCAACAAUUACCGCGUGUACGGCACGUGUCUUUUGCUACUCUUAUUUCUCCUCUGCUUCGUUGGAGUGCAGUUCGUGGCCAAGUUCGGGCCCGUGUCGCUGUUCUGCGUCAUAAUCUCCAUUAUUUGUAUCUACAUCGGCUUGUUCAUCGCCUCGCCAGAAAGAAGCAUCAAGAUAUGUUACCUCGGCGAGCGGCUUUUGACGUUAGCGUCGGUGACGGUGAACGGCACGAUGAUGUGCACGCGGAAUGAGAGCGGGCCGCUGUUCGCGCGUUACUGCACGGUACGGGAGAACGGCACGUUCUGUGACCCGUACUUCUUGGAGCACGAGACUCGCCUCGUCCCCGGCAUACCCGGCUUCACCAGUGGCAACUUCAUAGAAAACAUUCCCCACCGGUACACGGAAAAGGGUAACAUUAUCGGACAGACGGUACCGGGGGAUCGGGACCGGGGGGAGAUCAUAGCCGACCUCACAUCCACAUUCACUGUCCUCAUGGCAAUCUACUUCCCAUCCGUCACAGGGAUAAUGACGGGGUCUAACAUGUCGGGGGACCUGAAGGAUGCCCAGAAGUCCAUACCCACUGGCACAAUCGCUGCCGUACUAUCAACAUCCGCCGUCUAUCUGUCCCUAACAUUAGGAUUUGCAUCCUGCAUCGAAGGGGAUCUCCUCAGGGAUAAAUUGGGCGAGUCUCUUGGCGGUGGCAUGGUGGUGGCCUACAUAGCCUGGCCCACCAAGUGGAUGGUCCUUAUUGGAGCCUUCCUUUCCACAAUCGGCGCUGGCCUACAGUCAAUCAACACUGCGCCGCGACUGCUGUACGCGAUCUCCAAGGAUGGAAUCGUGCCCUUUCUCAAGGUGUUUUCCGUCACGAAACGUGGGGAACCCUUCUAUGCCCUCCUGCUCACCGUUGGUAUUGCGGAGGCAGGCGUUCUUGUCGGCAAUCUCGACCACGUCACUCCCGUCAUUACAAUGUUUUUCCUGAUGUGUUAUUUGUUCGUGAACAUGGCGUGCGCUGUGCAGACCUUGUUGAGAGCCCCUAGCUGGAGGCCCCGUUACAAGUUCUACCACUGGUCUCUAUCGCUGAUCGGUGUUGGCCUAUGCACUACUCUAAUGAUCAUCUCCAGCUGGUACUUUGCUCUGGCGGCCUUCGUGCUCGCUGGCGGAAUCUACAAGUACAUCGAAUACAAGGGUGCAGAGAAGGAGUGGGGAGACGGUAUCCGAGGCAUGGCCAUGUCCCUUGCCCGCUAUUCACUGCUCAAGGUCCAGCAAUCCAAGCCCCAUACCAAGAACUGGAGGCCACAGAUGCUGGUGCUGAGCAAGCUGAACGAUCAUUUGAUACCGAAGUACCAGAAAAUAAUAACUUUGGCUGGUCAGCUGAAGGCAGGGAAAGGGUUUGUGUUGGUGUGCAGUGUCCUUGACGGUGAUGUUAAACGAAGGGCGCCCGACAUUGACAGGGCUAGAGAGAACAUUCAGAAGGUAAUGGAACAGGAAAAUGUGAAGGGUUUCAAGGACGUGCUCGUCUCCAAAAGCCUGCUCGACGGGCUGUCUUACCUAGUGCAGACUGCCGGCCUUGGAGGUCUACGGCCCAACACGGUGAUGAUUGGAUGGCCUGAAGACUGGAGACACGCGCAAAACAACGAUACACCCAACAUCCCAUACAAACAUUUUAUACAUACUGUCGAGGUGAUAGAGGCUAUGGGCAAGGCGCUGCUGGUAGUGAAGGAUUCUACUGAGUUCCCGGACAACCAGGCCAAGAUGCGGGGAACCAUCGACGUCUGGUGGAUAGUCCACGAUGGCGGCUUGCUGCUCCUAUUGCCCUACCUCCUCCGCCAACACCGCGCCUGGAAAAACUGCAAGCUCAGGGUCUUCACUGUCGCCCAAAUUGAAGAAAAUACCAUUCAGUUAAAGAAAGACCUACAGAAGUUUAUGUAUCAGCUCAGAAUAGAGGCGGAGGUUGAAGUUGUUGAAUUGUCGGAGACAGACAUAUCGGAGUACACGUACGAGCGGACACUGGAGAUGGAGCAACGGGCGGAAAUGCUGAAUAAACUCAAGGACAGACGGGAGAGUGCCACUCAAAGGCAACUGGAAACUGUCGAUAAUAUCCGCCGAGGCAGCAGGCAUGAAAUCAAGAUCGACCUGCCCCAUGUUGAGGAUGACGGGGAAACCCAGCAGUACACAUUUACUCCCUCUAGUAGUAAGCGGCCAAGCACCAUGAAGUUUCUCGCGGAACCAGUUAACAGGCAUAUACCGACUGAAGAAAAUGUUCAUCAGAUGCACACGGCGGUUCGCUUGAACGAGCUGAUCCGAGCAAACUCUUGCGACGCUCAACUUGUCAUUGUCAACCUCCCACCACCGCCGCACGUAGGCGCCACUGACGACAACAGUGACCUUCAUUACAUGGAGUUUCUGGAGGUAUUGACGGAGGAUGUAGGGCGCGUACUCAUGGUGCGAGGCAGCGGUACCGAGGUCAUCACCAUCUAUUCAUAAACAUAGCAACAUGCUGCUACAUGGGUGCAGCGCGUGGACACGUGUGAUAUGCGUAUACACUGGAAUUGUAAAUGAGCACAUACAGUAUACUUACCACACAAUGAUAUAAAAUAUUGUGGCUGUGCUAUUGUUCAACAAUAGUGGUUUAAUUCCAUACGUUUGGACAACUGGAAUAAUAUAUCCAAUUUACAAAAAUAAAGGAGAUAAAAAGAACCUGUAAACUACCGUCCUAUCACAAUUUUAAGUUGUGUUCAGUGUGUUUAACAAUGACAAUAAUAUCAUCAAUAAUUGUUAAUUUGGCUUUAGAAAUGGAUUUUCGACAAACAGCUAUUUACAAAGUGUGGAGAUACGGAUUGUGGGAAAAGGUACAAAAUUGCAUUAUUAAAAAAAUAUGCGUUUAUUACGUGAACUCCUUCAAAGUACUCUGAUCUGCGUUAGACAAUGUGAAAGUCGUUCACACCUGCAACAUGUGCUUGAUGCUUAUAGAUAAUAGUUACUGUACUAUUUCAAUGAUAACUUUUUGUACAACAAAGCCUGAGGAAGUAGCAUUUUCUAAGCGGAAACCAUAACAUUUUACCAUACAGCUAGAAUACAUGUUACAUCUCAGGCAAUAAGAACAACAUGAUUUUCAUUUAAGAAACUCUAGUAGUCUCAAUGUAUCUCCAAAUAGACUUAUCUGAUGAAACAAUUAAACCAAUUUCACUUUAUUGGGCAAACAUAUGGCGAAAAGGUUAUUUAUGUUGUACACUGAAUGAGUUCAACUAAAGUUUUUAUCAAAAACUAUUAUUACAAAAAGUUCAGCUAUGCGGUGAUCAUAUACCAAACUGUAUGGCUUAAUAAGGAGAACCUAUAACCACACAAAUAUUCUUGCAUACCGGACGUGGGUUUCCGGUCAUGUGACCGGUGCUGGAAAAACUCAUCUUACACCCCCCAUGUAAGAUGAGUCACGCGCAACAACGCGCCACUUUUUAUUUCAUUUAUUGUAUGGUUUAUGAAAGGUAUAGUAUGCAAUUUCAAUAAAGCGGAAUCAAAAAUAUAAGUAAACAAUACUUUUAAUUAAAAUUGAAAAUAAAUAAUCUUAAAAGCGCGAUUUUUAAAGGGACUAUUUGACGUCGAUAGUGAUUUAAAAUUACUGCGCUUU